CCUUCAUCAGCAGUUUCUGUAGCGACAAUAUAAUGUAUAGCGGAUUCUGUCUGAAAUAAAUGUUUCUGAGAGAUUACACAAAGAUGUCUAAAGUCCAGUUGCUGAGAUCUUUAGUAAACCAGAGACUGGCUGCUGCUGCUGAAGAGAUAUUUGAGCUGUUUGAAAGAACGAUAGCAGAGUAUGAGGAGGAACUGAGAGCAUCUAAAGAGGGAAACCAUCGACAACACCCUGAAGUCCAGUCACACAGAGCAGUUUUCCCUGUGGACGUCCAGCAGUGUUCAAUGAGUAAAGAGGAGGUUCCCCCUGAGCAGCUGGAGAGGGCCUCCAGUCUGAGCCAGCAGGAGCCACCAAAAUCAGCACACAUUAAAGAGACCACUGAGGAACUGUGGAGCAGUCAAGAGGAGGACCUUCAAGGAUCAGAGGAAGCUCCAACCAUCAAGAGCACUUUUGCAUGUAUCCCUGUGAAGAUUGAAUAUGAUGCAGAAAUUCCUCAGUCCUCACAUCUACAUCUAAGACAAACUGAAGAGAUGGAAACAGGAGCUGAUGGAGAAGACUGCAGAAGACCAGGAGCAGCUAGGCACUUUGAUCCAGAGAGGGGUUUACAAACAAAGGCUGAAGUUAAGAUUGAAGACUUUUCUGAACCUGAGACUGAUGACAGUGUUGACUGGAAUCCUCAUUCAGAUUCAAACCCAGCCGAAAACACUAAAAAGAAGAGCACAAAGACUGAUGUGAAAUCACAUCACUGCCCUGAGUGUGAUAAAAGAUAUUACAUAAAAGGUCAUCUGACCCAACAUAUGAGGACACACACAGGAGAGAGACCCUUUGGUUGCUCUGUAUGUGGCAAAACAUUUAGAAUGAAAAGUCAUCUGACUUAUCAUUCAAGAAAGCACACAGGAGAGAAACCCUUUGGCUGCUCUCAGUGCAGUAAGAGAUUUAACCGAAAAGGCCAUCUUGUAGAUCAUUUGAGAAUUCACACAGGAGAGAAACCAUUCAGCUGCUCUGAGUGUGGUAAAUGUUUUAACCAAAAGGGAGCUCGGAACAAGCACAUGCAAGUUCACACAAGAAAAAAAGCUUGCAGGUACAAUUAACCCAGUGAUAGAUUAGCUGAGGAAGAAGGUAUGACCAAACACAUGAAAACUCAGUUACUGGGGCACAC